AGGUGACCAAGAAGGAGAUGGCGAUGCUCCUCCUCUCCCUUGGCCAAGAACGGCAAUGGCAGCUCCUCCUGGCCCUCCUCACCGUAGUUUUCCUUGUUGUUAUUGCGAGGAACUCGUCCUCGUCCAAGGCCAAGCAAGGGCUCAAGCACAAACUCCCACCGGGCCCGGCGAUGUUGCCAGUCCUGGGCAACCUGCACCAGGUGGGCGGGCUUCCGCACCGGAGCCUGCGGGAGCUAGCUCGGCGGCACGGGCCAGUGAUGCUGCUGUGGCUGGGCACGGUGAGGACGGUGGUUGUGUCUUCGGCGGAGACUGCGAAGGCGGUGAUGAAGACGCACGACGUAGAUUGCUGCAGCCGGCCGGCGUCCCCAGGACCCAAACGGCUGAGUUACGACCGCAAGAACCUGUUGUUCGCGCCUUAUGGCGUGUACUGGCGCGAGAUGCGGAAGCUCUUCAUGGUGGAGCUCCUCAGCAUGCGCCGCGUCAGGGCUGCCGCGUAUGCACGGGAGCAGCAGGUUGCCAAACUUGUGAGCAACCUGAGCCGCCUGGGCGGCAAACCGGUGGCCUUGAACGAGCACAUCUUUGGCCUCACGGACGGCAUCAUCGGCACGGUAGCGUUCGGCAGCGUAUACGGGGCUGACCAGUUCCCGCACAAGGGGCGCUUCCAGGAGGUGCUGGACGAGGCCAUGGACAUGAUGGCCAGCUUCUCUGCCGAGGACUUCUUCCCCGGCACCGGCGGCCGUCUCGUGGACCGCCUAACAGGCCUCUUGGGCCGCCGCGAGAGGGUCUUCAAGGAGCUGGACGCCUUCUUCGAGCUUAUUAUUGAGCAGCACCUGGACCCGGCACGCCCCAAGCCAGACAACGGCGGGGACCUCGUCGAUGUCCUCAUCGGCCUGUGGAAGGAGCAGCAUAGCACAGUGCGCUUCACCAAGGAUCACGUCAAGGCCAUCAUCCUGGUACGCAAUUCAGUUGGAUGUACUCUAUAUAUUCUGGUACAGAUCAAU